AUGCAUCAACACCUGGGUGAUUCAAAUGAUAUUCAUAUUAAGGGAGUUUUAUCUUUUGAGGAAGUUAAAAGGAUGAGAAAUUCCAUCAAAAGCACCCUUCUCACAAAGAAUACAUCCUUUUAUUAUGGAGAACCUGAUACGACAUCUUCAUCUUUUAAUGAAAAGAAGGAGGUUGAAUCACCCUUUCAAGCCUCUGAACGACUUCAACAACACAUUCCAAAUUGGAUAAAGGAAUCAAAGGAGAAAAUAACAAAAGCAGGAUUGUGGACUGAUUUAAAGGAAGAUAUCCGAACAAGAGUACAAUUAGCAACACAAGAACAAAUUGAAAUCAGAAGAGAGAUCUCCGAUAAGAUGUUAACAAAUGGAGGUGUUGUUCAAAUGACUUAUAGUCAGAGAAGAAGAGUGAAAGAUCUAAUGGGAAAAUGUAUAACAGGUGAUCAAAAGUAUGAUAGACUUGUUGAGGAAGCAGAAGAAAUGAUGAAGGAUAACACUGCCAUUCCCUUACAAGAGGUUGAGAGGAAAGAUGAAAAUGUAAAGAAAGAACCAGAGGAAGUGAUUUCUAAAAUGUUAUCGAAUUAUCCUUGGUCUUUUAUGCGAAAUAAUUUAUCAGGAUGUUUGUUGCACUCCUUUCCAAGACUUGUAAGAAGACAAUUGUGGCACUCGGCUUUCAGAGAUGAAGCAAUAGGAUCAGAGAUUGAAAGAUACAAACAAAAAAAGAAGGAAAAGGAACCUCUACCAAAGGAUUACUAUCCUAUCAUUGAUAAGGUCAUCCAAAACAAAAUUGAGCAACAACCAUUUAUUAAGGAUUAUUCUAACGGAAAAUUAUGUAAAGAGGUUUUCAAACCAGUGUUGGAAUUAUUGCUUUUUAGAACGGAAGCUCCUGUAAUGGAUAACUUGUCUCAAGUUUCAGAUCUUAUUAAUGUAAAUGGACCUUUGAAUGAUAGCACAAUCAAACAAUUUGUGCUGAAAACUGUUGAAAGAUAUUCUAAUUAUUUAGCUUCCAUUUUCUGCUUAAUGGCUACUCUGUAUGGAUGGGAAAAUGUUGUUGAAAAAUAUAAGGCCGUAGAUGAAUUCCAUUUCUAUUCAGAGAAAAUCAGUGGGUUUUUAAUAUUCCACAUUCAGACCUUCCACCAAAUCGAUCCAUUCAAGGAUCGUAAAUUGUACUAUAAUAUGAACUUGAUACCUGAGUCUAUUGUAAAGUCAUUCGUCCAUGCAACAGAACAAAAGGACACAGUUCUACUCAAUCAUAUCAGUUCCAUUGAGGAUGGUGUAAGAUCUUUCCUCAAACCAAUCACUAGGUUGUUUGUUUCAUUCGUUGAAAACAAUGUAUCUCUAUUCAUUAUUGAACAAUUUUUAUUUACAAACUUUAAGCCUGCAGUCAUAGGUUCUAUGACGUCUGCUAUUGCCUUGAUUCUCAGACAGCAAAUACUUAAAUGUGACACUCCACUCGGUUUGCAAAUGCUAUUAAAACAAAAUGUCGCAAGUAUAACAGAACCUGACUUGUUGGAAGUAUUAGACAAUAAUUUCAGAAAGUACUUUACUGAAACUCACGGAAUAGAUAUAUAUCCAAAGGAGUUUGUGGAAAUUUCAGGCCUAAAAGGAGAGAAGGCAACUCUUCUGUUCACGCAAGAUACCUCAUCUCUGGCUCCUCCUGACAAAUUGUCAAUAAUCAAGGCAGCUCUUCAAUUGGAAACAGAUCAAAGGGAUGAGAAAGAAAUGCUAUUUAUUUGGAAUUCAAUUUGGGAGAAAAUUGAUGCAGAAACAACAUUUUUAUUUCCAUACAAGGAUGUGAAUUUUACUCUUGUAUUACCUUCCAAAAAAUCCAAAAUACUUAAGGAAAUAUCUUUUUAUGAUGUGCCAGAUAUGGUAGUACAAUACUCCUCUAACAAGUUAAUUUAUAUUGACAUGGUAAGGAGAGGAUUAGCGGAGGAGUAUAAACAAAGAUUGGCUCAGUAUAUUAAGGAUUCUUUGGUUUACAAACAGACAGACUUUUCUAAGGAGAUGGACGAAAAUCCAACUGUUGAAAUUGAAUACAAUUACCUUGACAUGCCAUUCAAAACAAAGUUUUUGGAAGAAAAGUUAAUGACAACAGAUAAGGAAGAACUGUAUGAAAUAUUGGAUGAGAGAUUUAAACAAUUAGACUCAUUUGUUUGCGGUUUGGAGAUCCAAGAAAUAGCAUCCCAAUUGUCAAAGACUUGCGAAGCAAAAAUUAGAGCAAAGAGGGAGCACGAAUUGAAAGCAAAGGAGCAAUUGCUUCAAAAGAUUACAACUGAUUUGGAAAAGGAAAGUUUUGCAGAGCUGUCGAAGGUGUUGAAAGAAGUCAUGUCAGGAGUUAACAUUUUCUUCAAAGGAACUGAACAAGAACAAAGCAAAAUUGAUAAGAUUACUGCUGAUGAACGAGAAGAGAGAUCCUACAUUAGAGAAGCUACAGGUAGAAUUAUUAGCACAUACGAUUAUAAUAGGAUUCCAAAGAAGAGCAGACAAAAGUAUGACAAGAUUAUUGAAAAGAAGAAGCUAAGCAAUCAGAAAAACAAAAAGACAGGCAUGUUUUCAAGAACCAACAAGAAAUAA